UACGUGUGCGAGACCGGGCACUGCUGCGGGGAGAGCGGCUGCUGCACCUACUACUACGAGCUGUGGUGGUUCUGGCUGCUCUGGACCGUCCUCAUCCUCUUCAGCUGCUGCUGCGCCUACCGGCACCGGCGGGCCAAGCUGCGCCUGCAGCAGCAGCAGCGGCAGCGGGAGAUCAACCUCAUCGCCUACCACGGUGCCUGCAACUACCCCGCCUCCAUGAUGGACCUCAGGAUGCUGGCCUCCUUCAAGCUGCCCGCCUACGAGGAGGUGGCCCACCGGCCCGGCACGCCGCCUCCGCCCUACAGCUCCAUCCUGGCGCAGCUGAGCGGGCCCCGCAGCCGCCUGGGCUCCAGCAGCCUGACGCUGUCGCCCAGCUCGGAGAACUACACCAGCUGCUCGUGCGAGUCGAGCUGCGUGACGUCCCCCAGCAGCACCUCGCUCUCAGUGCAGGUGACGGACGAGACGGAGCGCAGCCAGGCCAGCACGCCC